AUGGUCCAGCUUUUUGGCCAGUCCAGUUUCGCUCAGCGUACAAUUGCGAGGCGUUCCAGUGUUGUGAAUGUCAACGCAUUUUUGCACCAUGAUAACGAGUUGCAGUUACUCACACCCCUGGGGUGCGGACUGCAGACGGGCAAAGGCGCGCCGUGGGCAUGGGAGCUCUCAUGGUACGUGUUUAUUCCUCAAAUUUUGCUGAUCCAGAACCUUGAGCAGGAGGUGGAGCGGCUACGGGCCUUGUCUGAUACAAAUGACGACGAUUCAGCUUCCCACCGGUCCUACGGGGCGGGAGAACAAACCCAUAUGCAGGUUCAAACGCCAGACACGCACGUCUCGGCCAGCGGUCGGGCGAUUCGAGAAGAUGGGAAUUUCCCUGGCCAGAUCCGCGAGCCCCAAGUUGCACUUGACCAGGCAUCAAACGAGGUAUUGGGUGCCAAUCGUGCCCGUGGACCUGCCAUUGGCCUUUUCCAUUUGCCAUUGGUCGGGAUUCUGGGGUUAAGCUCUGGGCUCGAAGCUGAGGCGACAUACGAUUACCGGCUACAACCCCUGCAGAUCCAAGCACUUUGGGACAUUUACAAGGAUAAUGUUGCGCCCAUGAUAGCUCUCUUGCAUAAGCGUUCGAUUGAGAGCAUGAUCCACGACGCGUGCACGAAGAUGGACGAAACCCUUGGAAUUGCGUCUGAGACCCUCAUUCUCGCGAUCUGUUUCUCGGCUACACUCAGUGCAACGCCAGAGCAGUGUUUGUCGAUCCUCGGCCAGGAUCGCGACGUGUGCAUCCGCGAUUCUCGUAUCGCUGUGGAGCAGGCUUUAGCACGGGCGAACCUGAUUAGUUCCAAAGACUUUCAAGUUCUGCAGGCCGCUGUACUUUUUCUGUUGUGUCUGCGUUGGCUUGAUUCUAGGCUAGCAUGGGCAGAGACAGCCAUCGUGGUACGCGUGGCACAAAGACAAGGGAUCCAUCGAGACGGUCAAUUCUGUGGGCUGAGCCCGUUCAAGUCUGAAAUGCGGCGCCGUCUCUGGUGGCAUAUUUGCAUCCUCGACUUGCUCUGCUCUGAAGACCAAGGCACCGACACUCAAAUCCGGCCUGAGAUGUUCAACACCAAAAUUCCAUCAAAUAUCGAUAUUGAUGAACUUGCGCCAGACAUGACCACUUUUUUACCUCCUCGAGCAGGUUUCACCGACAUCACGCUAUGCAUCAUUCAAUGUGAGACGAUGACAAAUUUGUAUUGGGCUGGCAUAAGUCUUAACCCAGAGACUAUCCAAUCACCUAUUACCGAGCGAGAAAGCCUGUUGUGCUCGCUAGCGACACGUAUUGAGGAGCAGUACUUACGAGAAUUCGACCAGGAUAUCCCGAUACAAUGGCUGACGGCUGUCAUCGCUCGCCUUUCCCUAUCCAAAGCGCGGGUGGUAAGCCUUCUCAAUCACUCCAGGCCGGGUGAAGUACCAAUUGCUACCAAUGAUGAGAUCUUCCAAAUGGCAGUCGAAAUCGUUAAAUUCGCAAACCUAAUACAGAAGAAUGAGCCCACAGCACAGUGGGCUUGGCUUUGUAAAAGCUACAAGCACCGGCACGCUGUGGCGUUUAUUCUGUCUGAGCUUUGCAUUCGUCCAAUUUCACCCGAAACGAAUCAAGCCUGGGAAAUUGCCACGGAGAUGUAUAACCAGUGGCAGCAAGAGGACAAUGAAACUGAUAUAAGCCUGGAGACCAACUUGUCCCGUUUAAUGGAGCGCGCCACUAUAUCGAGAUCUAGAAAGCUGGAGUCUCUCAGGGCACCGCGUGACUACCACUCCUCGUUACCUGUCCCACGAUCCAUAAUCCAUGGGGAUGUCCCUGUUACAGCACCUGCCACCGAUCUGGAAAUUCACCAUUCUAGCACUAGUGGGUCUGCAGGGAUGCAGGAUCUUUUAGAUGAGGAGUUGGCCUUUGAUUUUUCGGCAAUGGACUGGCUAUCAGGGUCUUUAUUAUGA